AUGAGAACAACAAUUAUAUUAAUAAUAUUUAUAAUUAUUCUAUCAAUUAAUUAUUCUAAUCAAACAGAUCCACCAUUAGGAACAUCAAGUGUAACAUUUGUAUUUGAUGUAACUGGAUCAAUGCAUGAUGAUCUUUUACAAGUUAUUCAAGGUGCAACACAUAUAUAUAAUGCAACACUUCGACGAGAAUAUGCUAUUUAUGAUUAUAUACUUAUACCAUUUGCUGAUCCAGAUGUUGGACCAAUAUUAAAAACUCGUGAUCCAAAUCGAUUUCAACGAGGUUUACAAGAUUUAAUUGUACAAGGUGGUGGGGAUUGUCCAGAAAUGACAAUAACAGCUAUUAAAUUAGCACUUGAACAAUCAUUACCAAAUUCAUUUAUAUAUGUAUUUACUGAUGCUCGUUCAAAAGAUUAUUCAUUAGGUGAUACAGUUUUAAAAUUAAUUCAAGAAAAGCAAAGUCAAGUUGUAUUUGUUAUGACAGGUGAUUGUGGUGAUCAAAAUCAUAUUGGUUAUCAAAUAUUUCAUAAAAUAGCUGCUACAAGUAGUGGACAAGUAUUUACUUUACAUAAACAACAAGUUAGUGAGAUUCUUAAUUUUGUUCAACAUUCAAUUCAAACACGAAAAGUUAAUUUAUUAGUUAUUGAUAAAAUUAAACGAAAUAAACAAAAUUAUACAUUAGCAGUUGAUUCUAAACUUCUUGAAUUUACUAUAUCAGUUAGUGGUGCUAAUCCACAAGUGACAUUAAUUGAUCCAUCAAACAAAACAUUAAAUCAACGUUCAUGGUUUACACGUCUUUUACGUCUUAAAGAAGUUUAUAUAUUAAAUGUAAAACAUCCAAUGAUUGGUGAAUGGAAAAUUCAAGUAAUAUCUUCAUCAGCACAUUCAAUUCGUAUAACAGGUUUAAGUAGAUUAACAUUUCGACAUGGUUUUUCAUCAAAUCUAAUUACUGAUUUAACACGAACACAUCGACAACCAAUUCAAGGUACAUUAACUUAUUUAACAAUUGAAAUUAAUAGUCAAGAUAAUAUUCGUAAUGCUGAACAAAUUGAAUUAAUUGAUCUAUUUGGUAAUGUACUUAUAAAUGAAAAACUUCAAAUAAAUCUUAUUCAUCCAACAUUAUAUUCAACUUUAAGAAAAUUUGAACCACCUGUUAAAAGUUUUUUCUUUUAUAUUCGAUUAUCUGGUAUUGAUAGUAAUGGUCAUCGUUUUCAACGUUUAAGUUCAACAGCACUUACAUCUUAUAUUCCAUUAAAACCAAUUGUUAAUGUUGAUUCAAAUUCUAUUGAAAUUAAAUCAAAUAUUUCAUAUAAAAUUCAAUGUCAUAUACAAAGUCAACUUCCAUAUCAAGUUCAAUGGCUGAAAAAUGGACAAUUAAUUUCUAUUUCGAAUUAUUCAACUCAUAUAACUACAGUAGAAUAUUUAAUUGAUCAACCAACAGAAAUAAAUGAUGAAGGAUUAUAUAUAUGCAAUGUAACAAGUACAAGUGGUUAUGAUAUUGGUGAAAUAAAUGUAAAUAUACUUGCUUCACCACCAUUUAUUCAAACAAUACCAUCAAAAUCAUUAUUUGCAUUAAUACGUAGUACUAUUUCAAUUGAUUGUCUUGUACAAAGUACAAAAGAUUAUAAAUUAAAUUGGAAACAAGAAUUAUCAUCAUCGAUAUUAAUUGAACCAUCAGAAAGUCGUACAAGAAUUUUUGAAAAUGGCACUUUGAUAUUAAUAAAUAUUCAAAAAUCAGAUGAUGAUUCAGUAUUUGUAUGUAUUGCAAAUAAUGAAGGUGGUGAAACACAAGAACGCAUUACUAUAUAUGUACAAGAAAUUCCAUAUGUUUAUGUUUAUCCACAAACAAUUAUGUAUUCAAAUGAAUGGAAUAUAACAUUAACAUGUGUUGGCACAGCUGGUAUUCCACGUCCAUUAUUAAUAUGGCGACAACAAAAUCAUACAAACCCUAUGGAACUAUCAUCUAAGAUACAAGUUAAUAAUGGAAUUUUGACGAUUGUAAUGGCAACAAAAGAUGAUGAAGGUUUUUAUGAAUGUAUUGGAACUAAUAUAGCAGGUGAAGAUAUUAAAACAGCUCAACUUAUCUAUGUUGAACCUCCAAUAGUAUCAACAGAAAAUUCUCAUAUACUUGUUUCACCUGGUCAUGAUAUUGAUUUAAAAUGUAAUGUGAUAGGUGAAGCAUAUCCUGAUAUACGUUGGUUUAGAGGAAAUGAACCUGUAACUCGUCAUCGAAUAAGUCCAAAUGGACAAUUACAUAUAAGAUUAGCAUCGGAAGAAGAAGAUAGUGGUAAUUAUACAUGUUUUGUACAAAAUACUGUUGGAUCAUCAUCUACAUCAAUUCGUCUUGAUGUUGGAACUAAACCAACAAUAAAUAUUCCUGUCAAAGAAAUUCAAGUUGAAAUCGAUGAACAAGUUCAACUUAUUUGUGAAGUACAUGGUUCACCUAAACCUCAUAUAGUUUGGUAUCAUAAUAAUACAGAACGUCCAUAUCAAAGUGAUAAUAGAUCAAUAUUAAUUAUUAGAAAUGUUCAACAAUAUCAUGCUGGUAUUUAUACAUGUUUUAUUUCGAAUUUAUUUGGAAAUAUAAGUGCUAAUAUUAGUUUAAUUGUUACAAUGAUUCCACGAUUUACUUUUGAAUCUGAUGGAUAUUUAAAUGGUAUUAUAUCAAAAUCAUUGAUAUUACCUUGUAAUCAUAUUGGUUUACCAAAACCAAUUGUUAAUUGGUUUAAAGAUGAUAAUAUAUUUAUUUUGGAACAUGAUCGAAUGACAAUUGAUUCAACAAGUUCAUUAAUUAUUCAUUCAUUGAAAACAAUCGAUCGUGGUUCAUAUGUUUGUGAUGUUUAUAAUGAAAUUGGUCAAAUAAAACAAUUAUUUCAAGUUGAUGUUUAUGAACCACCUAGUUUAACAAAUAAUUCUGUAGAAAAUCAACUUGAUGUAAAUAUAUAUAAUCCAAUUCUUCUUUCUUGUCCAGUUACUGGUCAUCCUCAACCAACUAUUGUUUGGUUUCGUCAAAAUAAUCCAAUCAAUCAUAAUCAAAAUAUGAAUACAUAUUUACAUUCAAAUGGUUCUUUAGAAAUUCGAAAAGUUGAUAUAACAGAUACUGAUCGAUAUCAUUGUAUAGCAACAAAUCCAGCAGGAACAAUAACACGAUAUAUACAACUUAAUGUUAAUGUUCCACCUUGGAUUAUUGAUGCUGAAAAAGAAAUGAUUGUACAAACUAAAAUUGGUAAAACAAUAACAUUAAUUUGUCCUAUUAUUGGUACACCAAGUCCAACAAUAAAAUGGUAUAAAAAUAAUAAACAACUUCAAUCAUUUAAUUCAAAUGAUCAAUAUAUAUUAACAAAUAUAAAACAAACUGAUGAAGGUAUUUAUCGAUGUAUAGCAACAAAUAAAGCUGGUACAACAUAUCGAAUAUUUAAUAUAUCUGUUCAUGUACCACCAUAUUUUGAAUAUAAAUCAGAAAAUUUAACUCGUCUUCAACAAAAAUCAAUUAUAUUAAAUCAUACAUUAACAUUAUUAUGUCCAGCUAUUGGUUUACCUGAACCAAAAUUACGUUGGUUUUAUAAUGGAAAUGAAAUUCAAUCAAAUAAAAAACAUUAUUUUAUUAAACAAAAUGGAAAAAAAUUUAUUAUUAAUAAAAUUAAAUCUCAAGAUGAAGGUCGAUAUGUUUGUCAAGCAACAAAUAUUGUUGGAUCAAUUGAUAUUAUAUAUGAUGUUGAUGUUAUGAUUCCUCCAAAAUUUAGUGAAGAAAAUAAUGGAAUAUUUGCAACCAAACAAUCAUAUAAACAUGGAGAACAUUUACGUUUACCAUGUUCUGUAGAAGGAAAACCAAUGCCUAUACGACGAUGGUUUUUUAAUAGAAAAAAUACUAUUGAUUUACCACGUAUUCGAUUUGUUUAUGAUGGUCUUUAUAUUGAAAUUGAACAUUUAACAUUAAAUGAUACUGGUCGUUAUAUAUGUCUAGCUGAAAAUUCAGCUGGUCGUGCUGAAAAAUAUUUUGAUAUUGAUGUAUCAAUUCCUCCUAUAUUUAAUGAUUCAUUAACACAAGUUAAAGUACAAGCAUUAAUUAAUUCAACAGUUAUAUUACCUUGUUCAACUUAUGGUUUUCCAAAACCAUUAAUUAAUUGGUUUUAUAAUACAAAUUUAUUAUUAGAAAAUAAACAAGAAGAAUUCAUUAUUGAAUAUGUUCAAAUUAAUGAUACAGGUAUAUAUGAAUGUACAGCAAUGAAUAAAGGAGGAGAAAUUCGUAAAAAAUUUAUAUUGGAAACAUAUGCAUUACCAUUAAUUAAUUUAAAUAAUGAAACAAUUCGUAUUAUUAUUCGUCGUAAUGAAAGUUUAACACUUAAAUGUCCAGCAUAUGGAUAUCCAAUACCAAUAAUUCGUUGGUAUAAAAAUGAAAUAGAAUUAUAUGGAUUUGAUAAAAAUUUAUUUAUAAAAUCAAUUGAUAGACAAGAUGCUGGACUUUAUUCAUGUAUUGUUUCGAAUAAUUUUGGAACAGAUCGACGAUAUUUUAAUAUAAUUGUGUCUGGACCACCGGAAAUUUUACGUAGUCAUAUAAAUAUUCGUCCAAGUGUAGUUCGAGGUUCUUCAAUAACACUUUCAUGUCCUUAUACAACGGAACGAACUUCAUUAAUAGUAAUAACUAAUACAACAUGGAUUCCUCCUUCUUUCAAACCUGAACAUGAAUUAAUUCGUCGUUCAUUAAAAUUAAAUGAAAAUCAAUUAAUAAUAUCAAAUGUACAAUUAGAAGAUGGUCAAAUAUGGAAAUGUAUUGUUGCUAAUGAAUAUGGUUUUGAUUCACUUGAAUUUCAUCUUGAAAUUCUUGUACCACCUGAAAUAUUAAAUGAUGAAGGAGAAGAAUUAUUACAAGUUGAAAAUAAUAAUACAGUUCAAUUAAUAUGUCAAACAUUUGCACAUCCACCAGCUCAUAUUCUAUGGCGUAAAAACGGACAUCCAAUUGAUUUAAAUAAAUAUUUCAUAAUAAAAAAUAAUUAUUCUGAAAUUUUACAAAUUUUUAUUAAUGAUGAACAUGAUGGUGGAACAUUUACAUGUGUAGCAACAAAUUCAAUUGGUAAAAGUGAAAAACAUUUUUUUGUUGAUAUAUUUUUACCACCAACAUUUGAUUAUGUAACAACAAAUCGUCAUAAAAUUCAAAUUAAUCGUACUUAUACAUUACCAUGUUUAGUUAAAGGUAUACCAAAACCAAUAAUAAAAUGGUUAAAAAAUGGAAAGAAAUUUUCUAUUGAUAAUAAACGUAUUCAAUUAUUUCGUGAUGAUCAAUAUCUUGAAAUUCGAAAUAUCAAUGAACAAGAUGCAGGAAUUUAUACAUGUUUAGCUGAAAAUUUAGCUGGAACAGCUAAACAAAAUCUUGACUUACAAGUUUUAGUUCCACCACGAUUUGAAAAUGAUAUUACAAAUAUUGAAACUAUUUUUAAUUCAACUAUAAAUUUAACAUGUUCAGCAUAUGGAAAUCCAAAACCGACAAUUGUAUGGUUUAAAGAAGGUCGUCAUAUACAAUAUGGUCAUCAUUAUUUAUCUAUUGUACUUCCAUCUAUACAGAAUGAUAUUCGAAUAUUUUAUACAUGUAUUGCUUCAAAUGAAGCAGGAACUGCAGAACAACACUAUCGUAUUAAUCUUCUAGUUCCUCCAUCAAUCAAUUCAAUAUCAAUAAGUCCAAUAUCAACACCAAUAGCUGGUAAUCAUUUUACUUUAGAAUGUAUUGCUAAUGGUACACCUGAACCAAUAAUUUCCUGGCAUUUUAAAAACCGUCGAUUAUCAUCAGGACAUAAUCGAUAUUAUCAAAUAAUUCGUGCAUCAUUAAAUGAUACUGGUUUAUAUACAUGUAUAGCUGAAAAUAAAAUUGGUAGUACAAAAAAAAAUAUACAUAUUGAUGUAUUAUUACCACCAUCGAUUGUUAAUAAUGGUCAAUUAAUAAAUGAAAUAACAAUAUUAAAAGGAGAAUCUCGUAUUUUAACUUGUUUACUUCAUGCUAAUCCUUUACCAAUUAUUAUUUGGACAAAAAAUGAACAAAUAUUAUUUGAUUCUGAAAGAAUUUCAAUGAAUGAUAAUAAUUUUCAAUUACAUAUUGAAAAUAUAUCAUUAAAUGAUCGUGGUCGUUAUCAAUGUCAAGCAGAAAAUUUAGCUGGUCGUUCACAACAAAUAUUCGAUAUACAAGUCUAUGUACCACCAGAAAUUCAUCAAACAAAUAUUAAUUUAAAUCCAUAUGUUGUACUUGGAAAAAAUAUUAUUUUAUCAUGUCAUGGAUUUGGUGUACCAGAAAUAAAUUAUCGAUGGUUCAAAGAUGAAAAAAAUCUAUUAGAAUCUCAUUCAUAUGCAAGAUUAUUAGAAAAUGGUGCUAGAUUACAAAUUGAUUCAGCACAUUCAUCAGAUGCAGGUUUUUAUACAUGUCAAAUGUCAAAUAUUGCUGGUCAAGUAAAUUUAACAUAUCUAUUAGAUGUUUUUAUACCACCAACAAUUGAUCGAUCGAAUUUAGUUGAAAUUUAUCAAGUUAAAUUUAAUCAAACAGCUCGUCUUGAAUGUCCAAUGUAUGGAAAACCUGAACCUCAUAUAAUGUGGUUUAUAAAUGGACGAGAUUUAAAUAAAAAUAAUGAUCGAUAUGAAUUAAUUGAUAAAAAUCGAGUAUUAAGUAUAAAUUUAGUUAAUUUAAAUGAUAAUGCACGUUAUACAUGUAUUGGAACAAAUAUUGCUGGUGAACUUUCAAAUCAUAUUGAUUUACAAAUAUUUGUUCCACCAACUAUACAACGUGAUCCAAAUGAAGAUAAUGUAAAUGUUAUUCAAUAUUAUCAUAUUACUUUAACUUGUACAGCAAAUGGUGAUCCAUUACCUUCUGUAUCAUGGGAAAAAGAUGGUCUUCCUAUUGAUACAACAAAUUCACGAUAUAGAAUUGGACCAUCUGGUUUUCAAUUACUUAUUAUUCAAGCUGAUCCAUCUCAAGCAGGAAUUUAUACUUGUCUUGCGUAUAGUAAAGCUGGUGAAGCAAAAGAACAAUUUCGUUUAACAGUAUUAGUUCCUCCACGAAUUCAACGAGAAAAUACAUCAUUUCUUGUCAUAGCUCCAAAGCCUGUCGAACUUCCUUGUCAUGUAAUACAAGGUCAUCCAAUACCAAUUGUCAAAUGGUUUCAUAAUGAUGUCGAAUUAAAAGUAUCUGAAGGAAAUAUUGAUUUAAAAUAUAUAAUAUCAUCAUCAAACAGUUUACUUCUUCUUCAUACAUCAAGAUAUGAUAAUGGUAAAUAUCAAUGUAUGAUAAUAAAUGAAGCUGGACAAGAUUCUAUUGAUCUUCAUUUAGAUAUAAAUGUUCCACCAAUAGUCACAGUAGAGAACAAUGAAAUCAUUGGAAUUGUUAACAAACCUAUUACACUUAAUUGUCAUGCUGAUGGAUAUCCAUUACCGAUCAUAUAUUGGACGAAAGCAGGUCAUUCAAUUGAUACUCAACCAGGCUUUCAAAUUUUAAAUAAUGGCUCAUUGAGAAUUCAUCAUUUACAAGUACAAGAUACAGGUUAUUAUAUGUGUUGGGCAGAAAAUCUUGUUCAACGUACUCAUGCACAAAUUCGUUUAGAAGUUCAAGUUCCACCAUCGAUUAAUCAAAUUGAAAGAUAUUAUACAGGUAUUGUUGGUCAAUCUAUAAAAUUAUCUUGUCAAGCUAAUGGUAUUCCUAUUCCAACUAUAACUUGGCAUGGUAUAUAUAAUAUCACAGGAACAGCUAUUAUUGAUUCAUUUGGAAAUUUAUAUAUAAAUCAACUUGAAAAACAGCAUGCUGGUGAUAUGAUGUGUUAUGCAGAAAAUACAAUUGGUCAAACAUCAAAACAAUUUACUUUAAUUAUUCUUGAUUCUCAAAUAACAACAACAACAGCUGGAUAUGAAAUUCUUCCAAAACAAAUACCUUUUCUUAUAAUAUCACCAAAUAAUUUAAUUAUUGAUUAUGGUGAACAAUUAGAAUUAAUCUGUCAAACAAAUUCAAUUAAUCCAUUUAAUAUUCAAUGGUUACAUAAUGGUCAUAUAAUAGAUAAUAAUAAUAAUAAUGAAUAUUUAACGAAUUUUUAUGAUAGAAAUAUUCUUCAAAUAAAUAAAGCUAUUGAUAAACAUACAGGAACUUAUCAAUGUUUUUCAAAUAAUUCUUUGAAUCAACAAUUUAUUAUAUCAAUGCCUGUAACAGUUAUUGUUCGUCCUCAUCCAAAUAGUCAAGAUCGUGCAAUAAUAUCAGGUCAUCGUUUAAUACUUUCAUGUGAAAUUGAAGUAGGUGAAAAUGAAAAUUUUCUUGGUAUAAUUGAAUGGUUUCAUAAUGGAUCACCAUUAAAAUUAAAUUCAUUAAAACAUAAUAGAAUUGAUUAUCGAAAUGGUACAUUAGUUAUUGAUCAAACAUCAGGUUCGGAUUCAGGUGUUUAUAAAUGUGUAUUUCGAAAUGAUAAUGGUACUCGUUCGGAAUCCUAUCAUUCAGUUAAUAUUCUAACUCAACCUACAUUUACAAUUAAAUUGCCUCGAUCGACACAAAGACCUAUUAAUGGUUCAAUGCUUAUGCUCAAUUGUCUUGCCGAUGCAUGGCCUGAACCAACAUUAAGAUGGACAAAAAAUGGAACUAUUCUAACAGGACAUGAUGAUGUUCGAAUACAAAUCUUACCUAAUAAUUCAUUGAAAAUUGAUCCAAUACAAAUAUCAGAUACUGGACUUUAUGCAUGUUCAGCUGAAAAUGCACUUGGUACUGCAACAACAACAUGUGAUGUUAUUGUCUAUGAAGUUCCAUUAAUAACAUCUAUUCGUCAUCUUCAAGGUGAAUUAAAACAAAUUCAUAUUGAUAAUAUUGAACUUUAUUCAAAUAUAAUUUUAAAAAAAACAACAUUAAAUAAAGUACAAUCAAAUCUUACAUCAUUAUUUCGAACACUUUUUAUUUUUCUUUUUCCACCAUCUCUUAUUUCUUUAACAACUACGGAAAUUUUUGGAAAUAUUUCAUCUUCGCUUUGUUCAAUUGAUGAUAAAUUUCAACGUAAUAUGAUUAUUUCAUUUAUUGAUGGUUCACAUAUUAAAAUAGUUGAGAGAGUUUCUGAUAAUCGAAUUGAAUUCAAUGGUUCAUAUCCGGAUGAUUAUGAGUUUAAAAAUAAUACAUUUUUUACAGAAACAAUGAUUCAAACCGAUUUAGGUAUGUUACAUAAAUGGUAG